AUGAGAAAGAAGAUGAACUUGAUGCAAGUUGGGAUCCGUAUCUCGAUUUCCAUUGUUCUUGUACUUUUAGUUCAAGCGGUAUUUAUAGACCGGCCUGAAUUUAGGAAAAUCUUUGGGGAGGAUACUCUUGUAAGAAAUGUGCUUGAGGCAAUUCACCCAAAAAGAGAUGACUCCAAGUACUUAGAGUUAACGCUUAAACUUAGUGCAGAUAGAUCCUUGUAUACUGCUGCUAUCCAGUUGGGAUCCAAUAAGGAUGAGGUAAACCUCUUGGUAGAUACAGGUAGUGCCGAUACAUUAGUUAUUUCUAGUGAUGCUAAAUGCUACAUAGAUAACCGGGUGUAUAAUGCCUUUAACUCAUGUUUUGAUAUGGGUACAUAUGACUUGACUAGAUCAACAACUGCCAGUGGUAGAAUCCAAGAUUUCAAUGCCAGAUUCUUUGAUGGACAUUACAGUUCCGGGAUGGUUAUUAAAGAUGCAGUCCAUUUAAGUGAUUCCAAAGUGAUCGAUGGGUUUGAAUUUGGAAUCGUUAACAGCACUACUACUUCCAAUGGUAUUUUGGGGAUUUCAAGAACAACACAGUCAAAUGUAGCCCUGGGAUAUUCCAAUUUUCCCUGUGCCUUGAAGAAGGCAGGGUUGAUUAACAAGCUUGCCUACUCGAUUUUUUUGAACAAUUCUGACGAAGGGAAUAUCUUGUUUGGUGCUAUUGAUAAAGCAAAGUAUUAUGGAAAAUUAGUGUUUUUGCCAUUCGCCUCUUCCAAGUUCCUGAGUGUCACUGUAACUUCUAUUAACUUUGGCAAUGGCAACUCAGUAAAAGUCAACCAAGCAUUUCUUAUUGACUCAGGAACCACCUUCAUCAAUGUGAAUGCAGCCAUCUACAAUGACAUCCUUAACAACUUUGAAGGAGAGCGAACCAGCAACAACAAGCUCGUUGUCGAUUGCAACCAACCAGCCGACAGAUUCUACACAUUCAAAUUUCCUGGGGUUUCAAUCAAGGUCCCCUUCACUGAUUUGGUUACGCGAGCGUACGAUUCCACCACAGGACAAUUCAUGGAUGAUUGUUUGCUCGCAGUCACCCAGAACCCAACCAUGCUUAUUUUGGGGGCGAAUUUCAUGAGACACGCUUACCUUGCGUUUGAUCUUGAAAGGAAGAGAAUCGGUAUCGCUCAAGCAAAUUAUACGUCAGAGAGUAACAUAGUUAGUUUUCCAUAG